AUGCGUCAGUGUGGAUUAAAAGCUGCAGUAGUUUCUGUUUCCGGUGGUAUUGAUUCGGCGGUAACACUUGGAUUGAUGAAACAUGCCAUGGAAAUGGAGGAUUCCCCCAUUCAGCGCAUCCUUGGCAUCUCGCAGCCAAUUCACAGCUCCGCAUGGGCAUACAACCGAGCCAUGGAGUGUGGAAAAGCGCUAGGCGUGGAUAUCAUCGUCGUGGAUCAGACUUCCGUCUUCGAUUCGCUCAAAACCCUCGUCGACACCGCAACAGGAAUUAUCGGAAACGAUUUUUCCUCCGGACAGCUUCGCUCCUACAUGGCAUCCUCUUCCGCGCCUCGCCUCAUCCCUAGCGCACGCCCCCAGUCGGGCACUCCCUGCGUGGUGAUGGGCACGGGCAACCGCGACGAGGACGGCUAUCUGGGCUACUUCUGCAAGGCGGGCGACGGCGUCGUCGACGUUCAGCUCAUCGCCGAUCUCCACAAGAGCGAGGUCUUCGCGGUGGGCAGAGCGCUGGGCGUGCCGGCCAGCAUUCUGGAGUCUCCGCCUUCGGCGGAUCUGUGGGAGGGACAGACGGACGAAGAGGAGCUGGGAGUGUCGUACGAUUUCGUGGAAUUGUUCACGGGGUGGUUCUUGCCGCUAGGAGAGGAGGAGAGGAGGAGAUUUGUGGAGGGGCUGGAGGAGGAGAGUCGGGAGGAGUGGGAGAGAUGCAGAGCGAUCUGUGAGAAUGUGCAUCGAAGGAAUAGUCACAAGUUGAACGGUCCCAAGAAUUUGAAUGUGCUGUGA